AUGGCAACCUCCAGCACUACGACUUCAUUAAAUGAUUUAAUUCUGGCCUAUCAGACUCGAGAUAAAGAUUCGGCUGGAUGGAAACAACAACUUGGUUACAUUCAUCGAAAGCUAAAAGAAGAUAUACAUCAUCCAGAUGAACAUAUGUUUUACCAAGGUAUUUGUUCUCUAUGCAUGGGUGAUACCCCCGGUUAUUGGGUUUGGCUAGACUCAUCACUCCAGAAAUUGAAGGAUGAUCCGACAAGUCGAAUUGACAUGCUACCACAGUACCCUGAUUAUGCUGAGCUAUCGACAAAAGAAUUGCUAGAAAAAUUGGAAUCAGAUGAAAAUAAAAUAUAUUCAAAACAAUCGAUUUACUGGGAAUUACAAUCAAGAUAUCCUGAGAAAAUUGAUCUAAAUUUCGAUUUUAAUCAAUCAACGUUGAAAGAAAUUAAAAUAUUGUUAAAAGAUGUUAUUGACUGA